GUGAAUAAUGCUAGAUCACUCCAAAAAUUUGGGACGAAAGCUGGACCCUCGUCAUCACCACGCACUGUGUCACUGAGACAGAGUAACCCAUGGUUACUGAGCUCAGAUCAGUUAAGGAGCAGACCGCCUUCUCUCCUCACUGCUCUAUAAAAGAGACCCAGCCAAGGGACCCUACCAGCUCCCAGCUCUGAGCUGGACAAGGUAUGCAAGCAAAGCCCCAGACCUUCCGAGUGGAGCACACCAGCUGCAGGGGCAAGGCCAGCAUGUCUCCUUCCUUCAAACUUCAAUGUCACCUCAUCCUGAUCUUCCUGGUGGCUCUAAGAGGGGAGAGCCGAUACCUAGAGCUGCGGGAAAAGGGGGACCCCGACCCUUUCCUGCUCUUCAGCGCCAAUCUGAAGCGGGAGCUGGCGGGGGAGCAGCUAUACCACCGCGCGCUGCGGUGCCUGGACAUGCUGAGCCUCCAGGGCCAGUUCACCUUCACCGCGGACCAGCCGCAGCUGCACUGCGCUGCCUUCUUCAUCAGCGAGCCCGAGGAGUUCAUCACCAUUUACUACGACCUGGUCUCCAUCGACUGUCAGGGCGGGGAUUUCCUGAAGGUAUUUGAUGGUUGGAUUCUCAAGGGGGAGAAGUUCCCCAGUUCCCAGGACCAUCCUCUGCCCACGACUGAGCGAUACAUAGAUUUCUGUGAGAGUGGUCUUAGCAGAAGGAGCAUCAGAUCCUCCCAGAAUGUGGCCAUGAUCUUCUUCCGGGUCCAUGAACCAGGAAAUGGAUUCACCUUAACCAUCAGGAGAGAUCCUAACCUCUUCCCCUGCAAUGUCAUUUCCCAGACCCCCAAUGGAAAGUUCACCUUGGUAGUUCCACAUCAGCAUCGAAACUGCAGCUUCUCCAUAAUUUAUCCUGUGGUGAUCAAAAUAUCUGAUCUCACCCUGGGACACUUGAAUGGCCUGCAGUUAAAGAAACCCUCAGCAGGUUGUGGGGGGAAAGGAGACUUUGUGGAGCUGCUGGGAGGAACUGGAUUGGACCCUUCCAAGAUGAUGCCUUUAGCUGACCUCUGCUAUCCCUUUCAGGGCCCUGCCCAAAUGAAAAUUGGCUGUGACAACACGGUGGUACGCAUGGUCUCCAGUGGAAAAAACAUAAAUCGUGUGACUUUUGAGUACCGCCAGCUGGAACCAUAUGAAUUGGAAAAUCCAAAUGGGAACAGUAUCCAGGAAUUCUGCUUGUCUGGUCUUUGAAUAACCAAUCCAGUGAUCUACAUGCUGCUAGCUAAGUGAGUGUUUAAUGGCUAUUAUAUGUGAUUUCGAUGACUACUUAGUUCAAAGCCUUUCAUACCUGUCAGUAUUCACAGCCUUCAGCACAUAUUACACACACACACACACACACACACACACACGAGUUUUUGUACCUUGCUUCUUUUUCAUUUGUAAUAUAUAAAUGAUCACAUGACCCUCACCUUGGUAGGAAAACCGUUUUCUGUAAUUCUAUGGUAUGUUGCAAACUUGGACUGGUAAGAAAAGUUCAAAGCUAUGAACAGUUUUUAAAAAUGUAUAUCAAUAUUACAAAGAAAUAAAAAUGGUGGCAUUUAUAUCCGUUUUAUAACAGAAAACAAUGGAAUGUCUGUAUAUACCAAAGUAGCUGCAUCUGUAUUUAUUUUCUGCUUAUUAUUCUGUUUAUAAUAGAUAGUAGUUAUAGUUAUUACUUCCUGAUUUGCAACAACUUGUUUUAACCUUUGUAGCAAGGAAAACUUUUUCCAUCCAUAAGUACAACAGUGAAUAAAUACAUUCGGGAUG